AUGAAGUUUCCUACUGCAGUUGGUGCAGCAGCCCUGCUGGCGUUGCCUGUCACGGCCGCUCCUCAGCCAGUCAGUCGUCGUACAAUUUCCACAUCUGUUUUAGAUGAAAUAGAUCUGUUUGCCCAAUUCAGUGCCGCAGCAUACUGCUCAGCCAACCUCAACACCACUGGCACAGCAUUGGCAUGUGAUGUGGGCAAUUGUCCUCUAGUUGAAGCAUCUGACACUACAAUUCUCUACAAUUUCGACGACACCAAUUCAUUUGGAGACACCACCGGCUACAUUGCAGUCGAUACAACACAUAAACUUAUUAUUCUUUCUUUUCGCGGAAGCUCUGAUCUGAGCAAUUGGAUUGCCGAUAUCGACUUUCCUCUCACUGAUGCCAGUGACAUCUGCUCGGGAUGUAAGUUCCACGAGGGUUUCUGGGAUGCCUGGGAAACUGUAGCCAGCAAUAUUACAGCGCAGAUCGAGUCUGCUUUAAGCACUUACCCCGGUUACACGCUUGUUUCAACGGGUCAUAGUCUUGGGGCUGCAUUAGCAGCCAUUGCAGCGACUGUCUUUCGCGUUUCAGGCUAUACGGUUGAAUUGUACAACUACGGUCAACCUCGUAUCGGCAACCUAGCCCUGGCAGACUUUAUCACUACCGAAGACAUGGGAAGCAACUACCGCGUCACUCACACAGACGACCCAGUUCCCAAAUUGCCUCCAGAACUCCUGGGCUUUGCUCAUUUCAGUCCGGAAUACUGGAUUACGAGUGGUAAUAAUGUGACUGUAACCGACUACAACGUCACAGAAGUAAUUGGCGUGAAUUCUGCCGCUGGCAAUGAUGGUACUACCAACAGCAGCGUUUCGGCGCAUUUGUUCUAUACCAUUUACAUUUCUGCAUGCUCUUAG